UAUUUGAUGUCAACAAAGUUCAGUUCCAGGGAUCUCGUACGAAUUUGACAAAAAUAUGAUGGAGGCACAAGUUAACGACGACAGGCCGAAUCAAGGGCCGGAAUUUGACGGUGCCAGACUAGAAAUUCAUGGUCCGGAAACAAGGGAAAACGUCCCGAGUGUCGACUUUAAAGGACCUAGUUUAAGUCAAGGGAAAAUGAAUCGCAGUAUGAGCGUCGGAAGUGGAAGCGGUCGAAGACCAAAUUUCAUUAUGACGGAUUAUUCCCUGAAGUCUUACUUCUGCUACAGGGACGGGUCCUUUGAGAACGCCGUGGAGGCCUGUAAGGAGUCAGUGGUCAGUGAAGACCUGGACGGUCAGCUGAGAGGGGCAUGGCUGCUUACGGAAAUCGACCACUGGGACGCAGAGAAAGAAAAAAUGGUUCUCCUCACAGAAAACUCCUUGUUGAUCAUAAAGUAUGACUUUGUAGCCAUCAAGAUGUUGAGGUUUCGCCGGGUGAUGCUGCACCUGCUGGAUACCAUAGAGGUGGGAGAGAUAGUGUACCCAGACAAGUCUAUUAUGCCACCCAGGCAGCAUGGCGGAGUGAGGCUACUGUGGACAAAAGGUAAAGAAAUCAGCGCCAGUCUCCGCUGGAAUCCCUGGAAGGAGGAGCUACCGUACAUCACCCUGACGGACCACCCUAUCAGCUACCAUCCCAAGGAGGCGCAGACGAUUACUUACAGGGUGGACAACUUCAUGGAAGCGUUGGUGCAGGCGGUCAACCAGGCCAGACCCAAGAAAAACAUCGCUGAGAACAUUCCUGUGGAGGAGCGUAGUAUCAUGGUGGAAAGUUAUGGCAGCAUUUAUUCCAUGAUUUGCAACCAGAGUCAUCUUGGGUUCUCCCGGGAGAGAAAUGGCAUGAGCUUUUAAGAUGUUUUUUGUACUUUUGGCCCUCAGAGUAGCUUGUAUUGUUGUAGCUUGAAAUGACAGCUUAUCAGAGUAGCACUUAAUGAAGGGGCUCUGUAUUUAGUUGAUAGGUCUUUAAAGUGGUUUUCAUUUAGGCAUUGGGGUCCUUUUCACAUCAAGGAAGAUACUUCACUGAUGAGACUUUUCCAACUUUUGUCGGAAUUCUGACUUUUUCAGGGUCAUUAAGGUCAUUCUUGUGAUUGUGUACCCUGGACCCCCUGGCCAAUUUUCCUACUUUUUCAGUGCGGACUGGUCUCAUCCCUGGUGUUAGUACUUUAGCAGUGUGGUAUGUACAGGGACACUUUGAGAGUGAGGUCUUAAUGUGUAACUACAGUAUAAUACCAGGGGGUUUUACUUGCAUCCAUAUGUUUACUUCCUAUUCUUUGAGCAAUAGUUGAUGAUAUUGGUUGUGGUGAGCAUGAUGGCUCCCUUACUUCAUAGCAAGACUGUUAAGAUUCCGUUCUCUUAAAGUGUACCACUCAAUGUGACAAGCAUUUUCUUGAUUCAAAUGUCUGUUAAAGUUCAGUUGGUGACUGAAGAUUAUGAAGUUGCUGGAUCUUUACUAGUUAUUUGUUUGACUCAAAGUCCUUUUCUAGAUCAGAAUAAUUUUGAUUCCAACUUGUUAGAUCAAUAUAAUUUUUCUUCCAUGCCUUUAAAAAGUGCUAUUUUGAUGCAAGCUUGUGAUGUCAGCAGCAUUUUCUUCUGCUUAAUACCCUUCAAAGUGACUGUGUACCAUAUGUAUUGGGCCAUCCUACAAUAAGUGAUUCUCUGAACCAAUGCAAGUUAGAGUCUUACACAUUUAGUGUAAUAUUUAAUGUCGUAGAUGGGGCACAGGGGAUGGUCUAAUUGCUCCAGGUAUUUUAACCCCUCCCCCCUGCCCUUAAAUAGCCAAUUGAUAGUGAAAAGGAAAAGUAGUGGAGUAAGGGAGCUUCUAGAUAUUUUUAUUUUAUCAUUAUUAUUUAUUAUUUGGAAAGGUAUAAACUUUAUCCAAGAAUUGGAAAUAGAGAUUUUUUUUUGUUAGUCUGAUUAAAUAAAUUGCCAAUUUCUGACAGAAAUUAAUUAAUAUAUAUACUUGCUGCACAAAUAUAGGAAAGUACUAGUAGACUAGUGUGUUGUCAUAUCUGUAAUGAAGUGUGCAAUUUUUUUAUCUCUGAUCAAAGAAAGAAAUAUGUAACACAAUUUAGAAGUGCAUGAUGAAGAUUUUAUUUUUUAUAUUUGUUUAACGUAUCAUUAAGGGAAGUCAGUUUAAUCUGAAUGUAAGAACAUUUCAUGAAUAAUGUUCAGACAUUAUUUGAUUAUUCUAGUUUGUACAGCGAAAAAUGUUUCUUUGAAGAUGGGUUAAAAAAGUAGAAUAUAAACAGGGAAUUCUUUAUAAGAAUUCAAGUUAAUGGAAGACUGCUUUUAACUUCAUAUUUUUGUAAAUUUCUUGUAAUUAUUUCAUGCACUAUUCAAACAUGUAUACUUUGCUUGUGUACAGUACGAACAUGAAUCAUAUUGACCCUUUUUUAAUAGUUUCAUAGUAUUUCUAGUUAUAUAUGAUGACAACUUUAUUUUUU